AUGGAAGGAAAAUUGACAGCCAAACUGGUUGCCACAAAAGGAGAAUCUCAUAGCACACGACAUGGAUCAAAACCAGUAAAUGAAGAGAAAAAUGGUUAUAAAAAACUAGUUCCUUAUGACUACAACCGAGUUGUGUUGGAGCCUCUUGCCGGGAUCCCAGAUAGUGAUUAUAUUAAUGCAUCUUAUAUUGAUAGCAUCCUAAAGCCAAAUGCCUAUAUAGCAGCUCAAGGUCCAAAUGAGUCCACAAUCCCAGACUUCUGGAGAAUGGUGUGGGAACAGAAUACUCACGUUAUUGUCAUGUUGACAAAAGUGUUCGACUUUAUAAGGGUUAUGUGUGUUCAGUAUUGGCCUAGUGAAAUUGGUCAUCCCGAAAUUUGUGGGGAUCUGGAAUUAACACUUUUAUAUGAAGAAAGUCUUGCCAAUUUCAUGAUCCGUACUGUACGGGUUAAAAAGAACGAAGAAGAACGAGAAGUGUCCCAGCUCCACUUCACUAACUGGCCAUCACAUACCGUUCCCUUCCCUAGUGCUCUCUUAGAGUUUCGGCGGCGGGUUCGGGUUUACAUGGAUCAGUUUCCUGACGUUGGGCCCCCUGUCGUUCACUGCAGUGAUGGCUGUGGUCGAACAGGAACAUAUUUGGUGAUUGAUGCAAAUUUGGAACUUGCUAAAGAAGAUGGGGUUUUCGACGUUUUCAACUACACGAAACAAAUAAGGUGUGCAAGAAAAGGCAUGGUAGAAACAUUGGAACAUUACAAGUUUAUCUACGAAACUUUGGAGGACGCUUACGUGUGCGGCGCCACCUGGUUUCCCAUUAGCGAACUAUCUCAAAAACUUAAGUACAAAUCACAGAAGAACAGUACAACAAGGCUGAACGAAUAUCAGCGAGAGUACCAGAUAAUUUGCAAGAUGUCCUCUAAGUUGUCUAUAGGAGAUUGUGCCGGCGGCCAUAGGCCAGAAAACAGAGAAAAAAACAGGGAUGUUGCCAUUGUUCCUCCUGACAACUUUAGACCAUAUCUGACGUCAUUCCAGAGCAAUGAUAGCACUGAUUAUAUCAAUGCCGUUUUUGUUGAUGGCUACACAAGAUCAAAGGAAUACAUCAUUACAGAGUGGCCAUUACAAAAGACAGUCCCUGAUCUAUGGUCACUAGUGUAUGACCAUGAUUGUAAUUCCGUUGUAGUUCUCUGUAGCCCACCACCAUCAAAUUCCUACCCUCCGUUUUGGCCAACAGAAAGAGAAAAACGUCGUAAGUACGGUCCUGUAUUCACUGUGGAGAUGGUUUCCCACAAUCAUUAUCCUAACAUCAAGACAUAUAUUUUCCGAGUUACUAAGAAGAAACCACUGGUCCACUAUUCCAUCGAUGGGUCCUGUGAAACGAGGGAGCACCGAUUGUCACCACCACAUCAGAAACAAGGCUCACAGGUUGUGUCCCUGACUGAACUCAUGGCUGGUGUGAAAGCAGAACCCAAAACAACUCAGCUUUUUCAGAUCACCUGUUGGCCAAGUGGACACAAAGUACCAACCUCGACAAAUGCUCUUGUGGAACUUAUGAACAUGGUUGAAAGAUGGCGCCAGAGGAGCGCUUAUGGACCUGUAGUUGUAAUUUCAGCAAAUGGACGUGGUCGUGGUGGAGUGUAUUGUGCUGCUAAUGCAGCCAUAGAACAGGUAGUGCAGCAUGGAGAAGUUGAUGUUUUUCAGGCUGUUAAAACUGUUAGAAGACAUCGUCCUCAGCUGUUCGAAAAUAUGACAGAGUACAAGUACUGCUACGACCUCCUUCUACACUAUGUCCUGCACUAUCUCCAUAAAGAAUGAGUAACAUAGAAAUUAUUCUUUUGUGGUUUUACUGCUCUUCUGAAAAGUUCAGGAACUUAGGAGCUGGGCCCCUGUCCUCUCUGGUAGAGGUUCGAGUUAUUCCUGGUCCAAGUAUAGAUGAGAGGGAAGAGAACUCUCUUCUGCCAAAGAAUAGUUGGAUUUAUUUACUACAAGUUGGUUAAUGUUUGAUGUGAAAUUUCUAUUUCAUGUUUUUUUUACAUUAUCAAAGUCAUAGCAAUUGCAAGAAAUAAUUUUGAAAGUAAAGAUUUACUUUGUGUAGACCUAUAUGUAGACUUUAUUUAAAUUGGUUUCUCAAUAUCGACAUCUAAGUAAAACAAAAAAUUGAAUUUCUUUGUACUGAAUUGAAUUUUGAGUUUUAAGAUGAACCAGUAAAAGUUUAAUGGAAAAAUAAUUCCUAGUUUUAUAGUAAAUUUUAAAAAUUAUUUAAGACACUAGUUAAAUUAACAAAACACUUAAGAUGUUCGAAAGUUUGCAUCAGAGUAAAAAUCCAAAACUUGCAGAAAGUCCACUUUCCAAAACUACUAUGUUUAUGGGGUUUCUCUUGUGAUGUUAACUUAAUUAGAUAGUUAUAGUUGUGUAGAAUUAUUUGGCUAAAAUUGUGAAUAUAUAAAUCAAGAAAAUAAUUUAUUUAAUGUAGAAUGAAGCAGCAUAACAGAUAGGCAGCAAAUUAAAUAUUUUCUAACAGUUAUCAUUGUUUUCAGAUCAAGAUUUUAUGCUAUUGUUCAUGUGGAGCUUUGUAAGUCUAUAAAAUGUUUACUGAAUAUAUAUUUUCAAGGAUUUAUGAAAUAUUUGUAUAUUUUCACAGCUAAAAGGAUGGUAAUACUUACAGUAAGAGCAAUGAAAAACCAUUCCAGGAACUGUUUGACUGUGAGCAGUGAGGCAUUGUAUUUAAUUUUCAGUUGGCUACAUAUACACAUAAGACCUUUGCUGAAUUGUGUAUGACAAAACCAGAGUCAGUAUGGUUUUAUGUGCCACAUAACACUUGUAUUGAAAUGUAUUACAUAGCCACUUUCACAAAUGCAUUCUGGAACUGUAUCAAUCAUUUGUAUUUUUGGACAUGGUUACAUUGGGUCAUCCAAUGCUUCUCUUAGGAUACAUAGAUUCUUGAACUGCUCCUUAUGUUCUACCAUGUACAACAGGCUUGUUCAAGUAUGCAAGUCUAGCUGACAUUGAGUCAUCCAAUGCUUCUCUUAGGAUACAUAGAUUCUUGAACUGCUCCUUAUGUUCUACCAUGUACAACAGGCUUGUUCAAGUAUGCAAGUCUAGCUGAUAUUGAGUCAUCCAAUGCUUCUCUUAGGAUACAUAGAUUCUUGAACUGCUCCUUAUGUUCUACCAUGUACAACAGGCUUGUUCAAGUAUGCAAGUCUAGCUGACAUUGAGUCAUCCAAUGCUUUCUUAGGAUACAUAGAUUCUUGAACUGCUUAUCCUUUUGUUCUGUGAUAUACAACAGAUUUAUUAGAAAUGACUACACACAUCCAUCUCAUGUACCACAGAAAAGGUCUAUACUUUUUGUGAACAGUCAUCAUUCUGGUAUUAUCUGAUUACAAAGCUGGUAGACUAAAAUUUGAGUUUGUAGUCCUACAUUUACUUCAAUGCUCCACUCUCUCUUCCUUUUCAUUUUAAAUUGUUUACAAUCAGUUGUUAACAAUAUCCUAUAGGUGACUUUGUCGCCUCACUCGGAAA